GCCGCUGGCGAGCAGCUCGGGGGACGGCGAUAUGUCCGCGGAGGCGGCUCUGGUGCUGACGGCGAUGCUGGCGGCCACGCUGGCGCCGGCUCGGGCGCUGUACGGCCACGGCGUGCACAUGAUUUCGAUGCCGGUCGGCAGCAAAUCGUGCCGGUGCGCGCUACGUACCGGCCCCGGAAUGGGCGACGACAGCAACCUGGUGCUGGAGCUGGGAGAGCUGGCACUGGUCGCGGGAGGCGUGUCCCACAACAGCUACGUUUCUUGUGAGGAGGCCAAGCUCUUUUGCCCGCAGCAGUGUGCGGAGCUGGCCCGCGAGGUGCUCGUGCAGGAUGGCGUCGGGUCACUGCUGCCACCCGAGGGCAUGGCAGCCGCCAGCCUGUGCGGGCUGAUGCAGCCGAACAACAUUACAGAAGCGAUGCCGGGCACAAUCGAGCAGUUCAGCUUCUGGGUCUCCUACCAGAUGACCGGCUGUCGCGGCUCCAACACCCAGUACGUGGGUGAGGUGUGCUGCAUCGUCCAGGCUCACUCGGGCGACGGUGAAGCGACGCCCCUGGUCUUCUACAACCCGCUGCCGGACUGCAUAGCGUGCAACCUGCCACCCUGCAGCGCGUGAUGACGUUCUGGUCGCCGAAGUGGCACGCAUUCUGUAACGUUGUGCCCUUGGCAUGUCGGAGGCGUUGUUCGGAGACAUGUGACGGGCUAUCACGGGCAUGCAACGUUGGAAGCACUGAAAUGGUAAAUUUCGCGAAUCACUCAACGUGGUGCAAUAUCAACAAAUACAAUGUAGCCAAGUGAUUGUUGCGAUUGUUUCUAGUUCGUACGAAAUUUGCAUUACACGCGUAUUGAGGGCAUCAUAUAUGUCAGCUAACUUUGUUUGAUUCCUUAGGAUGUUUUAAAGGAUAUUUGCAAGGUGUUAUUAAGAAUUUAAGGAUAUCUGCAACGAAUAACAAUGUCUUCUGAUUCUGGCUUUUAGGCACUGAUCAGUUAUGUUGUCGAUAAGCUUGACAGACUGUAGACUUAAGCUUGAGUCGGAGUCGACUUUACAAAUCGUCAGACCUUAGCUUGAGUCAGAGUCGAUUCCGGAACCACGCACUAACUGAACAAUGGUGGAAUGGUUGUUGCCCAAAAUCCUGGGCCAGGUUCGGGGUUGUCACACGUGAAAGGCAAAACUACUAAUCGGUCAACUUAAACGACACAAUUCACAACAUGUUGCAAAAUUAUCUGAUGAAAAAUACAAAAUCGAGAAUGAAACCAAUAUUUAGCGUAUUUGCCAGCAACACAGUCAGUCGCACACUAUUCCUCUUUUUCCCU